CUAGUGGUUCAUUCUAGUCAGUCAAUCGGCAACCAUGCUUACCGCGACACUCUUAGUUGUAAGCUCCUUCAUAUUUCUGCUUUAUCUCUUCUUUAAAAGGAAGAAUGAAUACUGGAAGUCUAAAGGUCUCAUCACUCCUAAGCCUUGGCCGAUUAUUGGAAACUAUGGAGACUAUUUAUUAAUCAGGAAGAAUCUCCCAGACACCGUCACAGCUAUUUGCAAACAGUUCCCUAAGGAGCCCAUGAUCGGGGCGUACUUCGGCACGGAGCCUGUCGUCAUCGUCAAGGAUCCAGAGCUCCUGAAACUCGUCGUCACCAAAGAUUUUUACUACUUCAGCAGCCGAGACCUUGGAGCACACACAGAUAGGGAAAUAUUAGUGAAGAAUAUUUUUAACGAAAACGGAGAUAAAUGGCGAGUUCUCCGACAGAACCUCACCCCGGUCUUCACGUCUGCUAAAAUGAAGAAUAUGUUCUACUUGAUUCAAGAACGUACAAAGGAAUUUGAGAAACUUUUGGCUAAAGAAAUCGGCUUUAAUCCUACACACGAAGUUAGAUGUUUCAUGGGAAGAUUCACUAUGGACUGCAUUGGCUCAUGCAUCUUUGGAAUAGCAACUAAAGUAAUGAGUGAAGAAAAGAACAACCCUUUCAGAAUGAUGGGCGAAACGGUUACAGAUUUCCAUCCGCAAAGAGUACUGAAAAUGAACGUAAGAAACGUCUGGCCAAAUGUUUACUACCUGUUGGGGAUGAGAAUCUUCGGCGAUGAGGUUACAAAUUUUUUCAUGAAUUUAAUUAAAGGAGUGUUCGUUAGUCGCAACAAUACUCCAGGCUCGAGGAACGACUUCAUAGAUUUCAUCCUCGGUUUCAAGACAAAUACAUGUCUUACAGGGGAUGGCAUAAAAUCUCUAAAAAGUGGGAACGAUGUCAACGGAAAAGUGAGUAUACCAGUUGACGAUGAGAUGCUUGUUGCGCAAACUUUCGUAUUUUUCGCGGCUGGGUUUGAGACUUCUGCCACAACCAUGAACUUCACCUUAUAUGAGCUUUCCAAACACCCCGAGGUAUUGAAGAGAGUUCAAAAGGAAGUGGACGAUUAUUUGGUGAAAACGGGAGGGCAGGUUACGUUUGAAUGUAUCAGUGAUUUGCCUUACUUGGAAGCCUGCGUGGACGAAGCUCUUCGUCUAUACCCUGUACUAGGGGUCCUGACCCGUGAGGUGGUGGAAGACUAUCGCAUGCCAUCGGGUUUGGUGCUGGAGAAGGACACGCGAGUGCACAUACCGGUGCAUUACCUGCACAUGCACCCGGACUACUUCCCGGAGCCGGAGAAGUACCGGCCUGAGCGAUUUUUGGGAGAAAACAAGAAGAACGUCAAGCCAUUCACUUACUAUCCCUUUGGAGACGGCCCCAGGCUUUGCAUAGGCAUGCGUUUCGCGAGGAUGCAGAUGAUGGCCGGACUAGUGACGGUGCUCCGCCACUACUCCGUGGAGCUUCCUCCGGGCGAGCCCCGCACCGUCGAGUUCAACCCUCUCGCGUUCACCAUACAAACCAAGCACACAAUCAAGCUAAACUUCAUACCACGGAAAGAUACUAACUAAUUAAUAUACUUUCAUACCUCACCAACUGGUAAAGGCCCUCUUGUUUCUUCUAAAACGGAUGGGAAUGUUGCAGUUUCAUCCAUAACAGUGCAGACUUUUCCAGUGGCCGGACAGAGUGAGCUGGUAUUUUCCUUAUAAUUUGAUACGUCAUAAUUAUAUUAAUAAUUAUAAAGCUCAAUAUUUCCGAGCUAUGGUGAUUUCAUACUUGAUGUGCUAAGCUAUGUAUAACUGACCUGUAAAUAUGAUUUUGAAUCAUUAACAAAUUAUUACAUUUCCUUUA